AUGCUGUGGGCCUACAGAGUGGGCGAUCAUGGGGGGUGGGCCGACAUGGGGUGCACUGACUUAACCCCAGCGGAGGGCGGAAUCGAGGGUACGAACGGCUGUGAGCCAGGGACCGGAUGGUAUGCGCCCGAUCCAAAGACGAACGGCCCUGCCAUGGCAGUAUGGUAUAAAGAUUAUCGGGAUACUGAAGCCAUCAGAGGCGGUGGUGGUCUCAUUGGCCCUUGCCAAGACAAAACAAACACCAUCGGGAAAAACCCUCGCGAGCAGAAAGACCCCAAGAUGCGGAUCUUGGUCCCUCCCAACAUUUCAGCGGCCUUGGAAUCCGCAGCUCUAGAAGCGAGCCGUCUACCCCAGGGCGAGGGCUCGGGCCAGGCCGCGACGGCCAACCCGCCCCCGCCCGGCGUGGUGGUCGAGCCGACCACCCCGCCACAGCAGAAGACGGCGGCGGAUCCCCUCUCGGAAGGUAUGUCGAAGAUGUCCGUCGAGGACAAAAACAAGGAGGAGGAGCGCGGCAGGGCCCGGCUGAAGCCGCUCCGCUCGCCGCCCUCGCCACUCGCGGGGCAGCCCCCCCCAAAACGGCUGUCCCCCAGCCCAGGCGGAGGGGGCUCUCGCAACAGAGACGGAGGCACAGAAUCUAGUGCUGGGGGCAGGGGUGGUGGGAGCACAGGAGGUGCCAGUGGUGGUGGCGCAAGUGGUGGAAACGGCGGUGGUGGAAAGUAACUUGGGAGGUGGAGUGCCCUCGAGACAGGAUAUUUAGACAACGGGUGAAAGGAGAAGGCGGCCGCCCGACUCAGUCUUGGAUAUGGCUUUGGCUUAACAAAUAGUUUCCUCAGGUAAGCAGCAUUUUCAGAUGACAACACUCAAUAUAGCCUUUAC